AUGAACUUCGCCCAGUUCACGGGUCACAUACCGUCGGCGGCGGGGAUCCCGACCAUCCACCAGUUCGCGGCGAAGUUCGGGUACGAAGGAAACGGAGGCGGUGGCGUGGUGCAGGACACGCGCUACUCCGCGAGCGGCGCGGGCGGCGUUCAGUUCGCGGUGGCCCCGACCGCUGGUGUAGUGGACGGCGUCAAGUUCCGACAGGCUGAGAGCGUCGUGGUCGUCAGCUCUGCACAACCAGGAGCAGUCGCUCUAGCUGGACUUGCGCCCCUUCAUACUGUGAACACGGGAGUGAAGUAUCAGACGAUUUCUGCAUCCUCGUCGUCGGUCAAUUUGGGCAACAUCGCGUAUGGAGGUCAGGCAAGCUAUGUGCAGGCAGAGACCGUGCACCAGCUAAAGGCCGAGCAAAGGACCGACAAGCGGGAAUACAGGGAGGAGUUGCAUCAUGAUCUGAUGGCUACUAUGAUGCAACAACAAGGGGGGGUGGGUGGUGGGGGCGCGCAGCAGCUGGUGGUGGUGCUGCACGAGCCCAAGGAGGCGGCGGCGCUCGCGCGGGCCAUCAAGCAGGAGGCGCGCACCGACCGCCCCACCGCCGCGCCCGCCGAGUACAUCAGUAUAGGCGACGUGACUGACACUUCCACUUGGCAAACUCUCGGCGGAGGCGUAGCGGACUACCUCUCGGCUCUACCACUCCCUCUGCAUCAUCUGCUGAAGUAUUCAGCACCGGCGACCUCAAUUACAGAAACGAAGAGAGAAGAACAACCAACCAUUGUGACAGCAGUCGCAGCGAAUACCCUGCCUUCAAUAUCUUCUUUGACUUCGAUGCCCACAAAUGCAGUUAACAGCGUGGUGGUACAAACUGCCGCGAUUGUAAACCAGAACGCGAAUACAACGACUAUCACCAUAUCAAAGAAGAAAAAGAAGAAGAAAUCGAUGAAAGAGAAGAAGCCUAGACCGAAGCCAGGAGAGAUCCGGCUGACGACUGCGUUAGAUGGCAGCACCUUGUAUUGUUGUCCCGAGUGUCACAUGGCUUAUCCAGAGAGGGGAUUGCUUGAGCAACACCUAGUUGGACACACUAUGGAACGGAGGUUUAUCUGCGACAUCUGUAACGCGGCGCUGAAGCGCAAGGACCACCUAACACGGCACAAGCAGUCGCACAACCCCGAACGGCCGCACGUCUGCUCCGUCUGCCUCAAGGCCUUCAAGCGCAAGGAACAGCUCACGUUGCACUUCGUCAUACACUCGGGUGAGAAGCGACACAUUUGCAACGAGUGUGGCAAAGGGUUCUAUCGCAAGGAUCACCUGCGCAAGCACACUCGGUCGCACAUCGCGCGGCGCGUGAAGGCAGAGCUGUCGCAGCAGGCGGGCGGCGCGCCGCUGUCGCAGCCCCCCGCGCCCGCGCCCGCGCCCCCGCCGCCGCCCUCCUGA